CUCUGCGGCUGGGUAAAGGCGCUUGGCUCGUCCAGUCAUAUGACUGGCUGGUGGUGCCUCCAUUGCUGCUGCUGGCUUGGGAAUACAGGGAGGUGUCGGCUCGGGCACUCGCUGUACCUUUUCGCCCCUUCGGGUGGCUGGGCUGCAUCUGCCAGGGAUGCUGCUCCAAGCUCUGCAGCAGCUCCGGACUGAGCGGCUUGGCGUGUGUCCUGACUACACCCUCAUGCUUCCCUACGGGGGAUAGGCUACACUAGCAGCAGCAUGGCUCCGACGCUGCUUCAGAAGCUGUUCAACAAAAGGGGCGGCGGCGGCGGCAGUAGUAGUAGCAGCAACAACAACUCGGGUUCUCCUUCUGGUAGAGCGUCCAAGGAAGGGCCGGCGAUCAGCUGGACCUGUUCAGGGUUUGACCUGAAUGAAAUUCGCUUGAUAGUAUAUCAAGACUGUGAGAGGAGGGGCAGACAGGUCUUAUUUGACUCCACAGCAGUCCGCAAGAUUGAUGAGGCAACUCUUCAGGAUGCCUCUGGAAAGACAUUUGGCAAGUGUGGUCAAACAAACAAUGGGACCAAUGCUAUUUCUUCCUGCAGCCCUACUGUAGACAGCAAACAGCAUGCAAAGGGGGACCUUCCAAAGUACCAGUAUACUAGGCCAGCUUCUGAUGUCAACAUGUUGGGAGAGAUGAUGUUUGGUUCAGUGGCAAUGAGUUACAAAGGCUCCACACUGAAAAUCCACUAUAUACGUUCUCCUCCACAGCUUAUGAUGAGUAAAGUAUUCUCUGCUAGAGUGGGCAGUUUUUGUGGAAGUACAAAUAGUUUGCAAGGCAGCUUUGAAUAUAUCAACCAAGAUCCUAAUGGAACCAGACUGCAAUCUAAUCCAAAUAGUUUGGGCCCUUGUCGUAAUGGAAAUAAUCUAGGUGUGUUACAGCUGUGUAGCAACAAACUGCUGCAUGGUGUGUCUGAAGGGGGGCCACUCCGGCUCAUCCGGAGUGCUUCUUUCUUUUCAGCACAUAGUACGCCUGUUGACAUGCCUAGCAGGGGUCAGAAUGAAGACAGAGACAGUGGCAUUGCUCGAUCAGCAUCUUUGAGCAGUCUCUUGAUGGCUCCUCUGCCAUCUCCAAGUUCCUCUUCCAGUAGCUACCAGCGCCGCUGGCUCCGAAGUCAAACAACAAGUUUGGAAAAUGGCAUUAUUCCAAGGUGGUCAACAGAAGAGACAUUCAACAUGGCAGAUGAAAGCUGUGGCCUCAACCCUGCAAUGAUUCGAAGAAAAAAGAUAGCUCUCAGCAUCAUUUUCUCUCUGCCAGAAAAGGAAGUGGCCCAGAGGGAUUUCCAGGAUUUCUUCUUUUCUCACUUUCCUUUAUUUGAAUCCCAUAUGAGCAAGCUGAAGAGCGCAAUUGAAAUGGCUAUGAUCUCCUGUAGAAAAAUAGCAGAAACUAGUCAAAGAGUUCAAGUUUACAUCAGCCGUGUCAUGGAUGCCCUGAGUGAAUUCAGAGUUACAGUCUGGAAUUUGUAUUCAGUUCCAAGGAUCACAGAACCUGUGUGGCUCACUAUGAUGUCUGGUGCUUCAGAAAAGAGCCAGUUAUGCCAGCACUUCCUUAAGGAAUUCACUGUUCUGAUAGAACAGACCAGCAAAAACCAGUUCUUAGCUGCUUUGUUAACCGCGGUGCUGACAUAUCACCUAGCCUGGGUCCCUACUGUGAUGCCAGUUGACCAUCCCCCCAUCAAGGCCUUCUCUGAGAAACGUGCUUCUCAGUCUGUGAACAUGCUGGGGAAAUCACAUCCUUACAAUCCACUUUGGGCACAACUUGGUGACUUGUAUGGUGCUAUAGGGUCUCCUGUCAGGAUGACACGAACUGUGGUGGUUGGGAAACAUAAGGAUUUGAUUCAGCGCAUACUCUAUGUUCUCACCUAUUUCUUACGGUGCUCUGAGCUACAAGAUGACCAACUGACCUUGAACGGGAACAUCUGUGAAGAAGAACAGUCUGUGAAUGGUUGUAAGAUCACAACAGCUCUGGAAAAGGGAGACAUUGAGGAAUCGGAUUAUGUGGUAGUCACUGUUAAGAAGGAACCUGCUCUCAUGCCUCCUCUUCUGCCUCAGAAGACUACAAGUCAUUCCCCUGUGAGAUACGAGAGCUGCACUGAGCCUGAAGGCUUGAAGGAAAAGCAUGAAGGGAUGAAUGUGGAGCAGAGUUCUGAGGUAUCUUCCCAUUUGGCCAAAAUAGGCUCUCCUAAAGAAACCACUGAAGAGGUUAACAAAGGUAAAACUGUGGCCAGUUCAGAAGCUUUAUUUGUAGAGCAAGCUAAAUUGGAGAACUUAACCAUAGAAAUAAAUGAUGGCAACCACCGCAAGGAAAGGGGACAGCUGCUCAGCAAUUCAUCUUCUGCACAGUUUCCUGUGAGGGCUAACCAGAGAUGGCCUCAGUCUGAAAAAGUGACCUUUCAGAUUGGAAGCUCCACCUCACCAGAGUCUGAUGUAGAAAUCCAAAGAAAGAUGAGUGAAUCUCUGGGGAAACUCAGGAGUAAAAGCAAAUCCCCAUGCUUGGUGCCAGAUAUUUUGCGUACAACUGCCCAAGCUCAACGAGAAAAAUCUGACUUCUCUUAUAAGCCACGUUCUAGGCAGAAAGUGAAUAAAACACGGAUGCCAACUGCAUCUCGGGUAUCAGGUCAGCCGUCUGUCCCUUCUGACAGCAAAAGCAAAACCAUACAUUCAGGAAAACUGGAGGAAGCUAAAAGUACAUGUUGUGAAAACCUAGCAAGUGGUUGUCUUGACUGUGAUGCAAAGAGUUCUACUGAUGGGCAUGUUUCUGACCAAGAGGUUAUUGAGGAUGUCCUCUGUGGGGAUACUGGAAGGAAACACCCUUUCAGAAUGGAAGAGAGUAUUCCUAGAAACGAGAGCUCGGACAGUGCCCUGGGAGAGAGUGAUGACGAAGGCAGUGCAUGUAGUCCAGAUGUACAACCUCAGAGCUUGAUCACCAAUAGGCCUGAGGAGCUCUCAGAAGUGGAACUUGUUUUGCCAAGAUCCAACACAAUCAGCAAUCAAAAUGUGAGACAUUUUGGACGAUCGCUUCUGGGGGGCUAUUGUGCUUCAUAUAUUCCUGAUCUUGUAUUACAUGGAAUAAGUAAUGAUGAACAACUCAAGCUUCGUUUACCAGCUGAUUUGUGUCAUUCAGUAAAUCAUCCAGUACUAGAUGAGCCCAUCGCAGAAGCUGUUUGCAUUAUUGCUGAUACAGAUAAAUGGACUGUGCAGGUGGCCACAAGCCAGAGAAAAAUAAUGGACAAUAUGAAGCUAGGCAAGGAUGUCCUGGUCUCCAGCCAAGUGUCCUCUUUGCUGCAAUCCAUUUUACAGCUUUAUAAACUUAACCUUCCUGCCGACUUUUGCAUAAUGCAUCUUGAGGACCGGCUACAGGAAAUGUACCUCAAAAGCACAAUGCUGUCAAAAUAUUUACGAGGUCAUACACGAGUUCAUGUGAAAGAGCUUGGAGUGGUGUUGGGGAUUGAAUCCAAUGACUUGCCUCUGCUGGCAGCUAUAGCGAGUACUCAUUCUCCAUAUGUUGCUCAAAUACUCCUUUAAGCUAUCAUCUUGAAGGAAAAGCACCCCCCUCCAGCAAAAUGAAAAGACUUGGGGCACGAAACAGAUGCCAAGCAUGAAGAGGUGGCAAAUGGAGGCCAGCACUGCAUUCUGUUGCGUAUCCAUUUCUGCAUUUUGUCUGGAUGCUUACCAGUGGGAUUUCAGUUUACAUAAUGUAAAAGACAUUCAGGGUUUUUAUAUUCUUUGUGGAGUAAGCUAAUCAAGAAUGCAUCUUGGUAUUUUAAUGGACAAAAGGAUUAAACACUACUGAAACAGAACUAUCAACAGAACUAUCCAAGUAUGAUUUUCCUAUUAUUGCACUCGUCAGUGUCUUGUUCUUUUGAAUUUUUCAAAUGGGAAGCUGUUAGCCUAAGCAUUCCUGUGCUCUGUUUGGAUGGGACGUGAUGAUUUGGAGCAUGUAUGCAUGUGCUUUUGUGUUAUACUACUGGCCUUCCUUGGAACAAGAGAUUCAGCAUUUGGAGGAACUAAUUAGUCAUGCAGUUGGCUAAUUCAUAAAACAGACAAAAGAAGUGGCCAGAACUGACACUUCAUUGGAUGGUGUUGCUGGAAAAGGACAUUCUGGAUGUACACAAUCCUGCAUCACUUUUGUAUAAAAAUGGCCUUUUGAAAGUGGGGGAUGCUUGUGGAGCCUGGCAUAAUUUCUGUGGCCAACUUGUCCUGAUGCAACUGCUUUGAAUUCCAGUUUCCUAGUGUUAUUAAAAUGUAGAUCAAGCAUCCUACUUUCAUCUUGUAUGGGUUUGAAACAAAAGAACCAAUAUGACAAACUUGGCAUAAAUCCUGGCAGAUUUAUUUUAAAGCAUAACUGCUUCAUUGCCCUGUGAAUAGGUGAUCACUCUUUAGCUGCACUUGAAGCAGAAACAGCUUGUUAAGUGAAUAAAUGGAAUGUACAGACAAAACCCCAGCAAGGGUAUUGAGGGUGGCCAUAGAAACAGUGGCAGCAGCAGUUUAUUAUGACUAAGUAUUCAAAGCGAUCCCACAGAAUGUUUUGCACUAGCCUUUCAGUGCCUUCAAUCUUGUAUGUCUUAAUCAGAAGUUUCUCAUUCAGAAUUAAAUUAGAAAUUAAUCAUAUCCACCUCAUUUUCUGGAUUGUUGUGCAACUGCAUCAGUCAUGUAUUUCAAGCAUAAGUUUUUAUUUUCAAGAGGUUCAGUAUAAAUGCUAGCCUUUUAACAUCAAGAACGCAAAUUACUAGAAUAAAGAAGAGCAAAGCCUCAUGAAAAAGCCCCCAAUCAGCACUGUGCUUAAGUUGUGCAGUUGUCCCAGUAUAUGAAAAUGAAAAUGUUACAUGGAAGUAGAAAAGACAUAUAUUACAACCACAAUGGUGCCAGCAGUUCGAUGCCAUAUCUUCUAAAUACCAGUUUGCUAAUGUAACAUUUUUUUGUUCAAGGCUUGUCACAGUUUUGUCUCCUUCCUCUUUCAUUCUUGUCUUAUUUUGUGACAAUACUUAAUCAUACAGACCCAGUUUCAGGCAUCACUGUUACAGAUACCAGUGUGUAUCCAUAGCAGCAUUGUUUCCCCUGCAUGCCCUGCAAUUCUUCUUGUCAUAAAUUAGCUUCAAAAAUCAAUUUCACUCAGACUUUAUUGUUCUAAACUGAAACAGGCUCCAUUUUUGCAGGAAGGGUCCACACUGGCUUUAAAAUGCCUGCUGUUUUCUCAUAUUAAGGUCAAGGGAUGAAAUAUCUUGGCAGUCUUUAUUACCUUGUACACAUUUUGUGAGCGCAUGUCUUUCCUGUAAAUGUUUCUUUACCUCAGAAUAAAUUCUUAAUACAGAUUGUUCUUCCAAAUUAACACAUGGAGACAUCACCCUAAAUUAAAUUGGAUGGCUAAGUAGCUUUUAUCCUAUAUUUAAGAAAAAUAAAACCUCCUCCUUCCCACUAAAAAUACUACCUCAGUUGACAGGAUAAUGCUAGUAGUGGGCUACUUCAAGUUUGCGCACCUGUUGAAUUUUCUGCAUCAUUGUGUUGUAGCAUUGACAGAGCAAAAGCUGUACCAGUGACUAUCUUCAGCGACAUAGUUUAGGUUUUGGUAUUAUUAAAUAGUUUAAAAGUGUUGUUGAAUGUACAUAAGAAACAUUUAAACUGUCAAUGAGAGGAAAGCUUGUCUUAAAUCUUUAUGAUUCCAAAGACUUUUAUUGUUUGUUUCCUUGGAAUUUUAACAGUAUUUUUAAGUAGAGGCAGAUUUCCAUGGACCGUGGUUUGCAACUUAAAACAUGAGUAUGUUUUUCCAAAAUGAUUUUAAUACUCAUUAACAGAAGCAGAAAGGCUACUGGUGACUGUUUAGAUAGAUGAACUUUUACACUGUAUAAUAUUUUAAUGCAAUCAAAAGCUAAUAGCUUGCUGUCUAGCAUUUAUAAAAGAUUGAUAUGAAAUAUUGAACAUCAUUCUAGACAGCCUCCCCCCCCCCCUUUCCACUAAAUCUUUCAAUUUCCCAACCAAUAGCUACACGGUGGAAUGAGAUGUCCACGGAAGUUGCAUUUUAUAGAAUCGUAAUUGUUUCACAAACUGUGUCAAUGGACCAUAUUACCUGAAUUAAAGAAAGUAACAUGUAAACUAGACCAUGGAAGAUGUAUGUGUUAUCCUGCAGCAUGUUUUCAGAGAGAAAUGAUGAGUAGUGUGUGUUUGAAUGAAUACCCGUGGAAACCUCUUACUUGGAGUUCUUAAUGAACAGUAUCAUUUGUGUCAAUUUCUUUGUGGCAUUAGUGCAAUAAAUUUACAGAUUCAUCACUGAA